GGUGUUUUAGCGUGCGUCUUCCUCGCCAAUGCGUGCUGCAAACUGAUCGACAGACGUAUUAAUGCACCGAAUACAGCGCAUUGCGUAAAUUAAUGGAUUCGUUUGCGAAGGAAAAACGCGAGCGCCUUGGAGGUGCCGAUGUAAGCCGCAAAGGGACGAUAGAUUCCAGGAUAAUCGAUGUUACCGACCGACUGAAUUCGUUUCCGCAAUACUAUACCACAAGCUCAUGCUCUGGGAGAAUCAUAUUUUUUUCAGGCGCAGAAUCCGACGUUGGAAAGCCAGCAGCUAAGAAGGGAUGUCAGUGGCACCUCGUCACGCAUGAUCUUCUCACACAAGAUGAACUGGACAAGACAUUGGCAACAGUCAACAAGUCUGCAACUCUCAAGUUUGAACCAUUCAUCCUCCAUGUACGGUGUCACACUCUGGACGCAGCCCAAAAGCUGCUGGCAGUGAGCAUAGGGGCCGGAUGUCGCAAUUCCGGCAUAAUGCUAAGCAAGUCGGGCAAGGUUCACGUGGCAGUUCGGACCACACUCUCGUUGGAGGUUCCACUUUCUGAUAAUGAAAACAUCCUUGUCACACCCAUGUACCUGAACUUUCUGAGGAAGCAAGCGAAUGAAAAAAUGACGGAAAACUGGAAACGGCUACAAAGGUUUUCAGAUGCGCUUAGCAAACUUCACUGUGAAAAUGAAGGCAAGUCCGCAACACGUCAACUCCCCAGAGAUUCGUUGGUUGCAAGGACCAAGACGAAGAAGACAUCCGUUGCAUUCGAUUACGAUGAAAGCGUUUCUGGUCUUUUCGACUUCUCCUCAUGACGACUUCGAGGCAGCAUGUAUGCACUGGAGAGGGAGUGCGCCAGUUCCUUUAUGGUUUUACACUUUUAAGGAAACUAUAAAUGCUUUUGCAUAGCUCUGUCGCCCAACUGCUGUAUGUAAAAUGGCCUGUGUGUAAGCAUGAGCUUUCUGCCACAUAAUACGCAAAGGCGUUAGCUUCCCAUCAAUGGCUCUUGCAGAAAAAAACAUUGCCUUUAUGUCACAUUGAGGCUUCUCAUCAUCACAACGGUGACACCUGCUUUUUUCAUUUGUAAAUGUCCAUGAUGGCGGUAAAUCGGGCUAGCUGGUUCUUCAUGGUCGUAAAAUAACGGUGCAAAAAAACGACGGACGAGCACACAGAGACAAACGAGCGCCGUCUUCCAACUGGUUUAUUUAUGCAGAAACAUAGAAUUUAUAGCACUGACAUAUCGCGGGAAACAGAUUAUCACAUCAUGCGCAGAAAAUCCUUUUCUUUAUGAAGAAGAGCUAUUGAAGGAGUGCUAACGCACUGAUCAAUCAGCAAGCUUAUCAUCAAGUCAGCUUCUAUAAUUUCAUGCGUGAUCUGUUCCUGGUUUUUAUCGACGACACUCGACUCGACAUAAUUAUAAACCAGUUUGAAGUUGGCGCUCGUUUGUCUCUGUGUGUUCAUCCAUCGUUUUUUGCACUGUUAUUUUAUGAUCAUAAAUUUCCACGUUUCUUCAAAUAAAAUUUAGUUGAUAGUUUGCA